GGAGCCCACACACACCAUUGUAGCAGAUGAUUCAAGUCUGAAAUGGAGGGUCGCACACAGGGGCGGACUGACCAUUUGAAAAUUCGGGCUCUGCCCGAGGGCCCUGGGUCAGUAGGGGGCCCCAUGAGAUGCCCCUGGUACCUUUUUCAUAGACUUUUUUGAGUUUGGGCAAGGACACAGGGGCCCCAUGAUCCCCUAUUGCCCGGGGCCCCAUGAGUUGUCAGUCCCACCCCUGGUCGCACACCACUGGCUUUUUUGGGUGUUGUUUGAGUUUGGGCAAGGACACAGGGGCCCCAUGAUCCCCUAUUGCUCGGGGGCCCCAUGAGUUGUCAGUC